AUGUUGUACAGCCUUCGCCGUUGCCUAACUGCCAUGAGCAUCAAUCCACCAGUCGCACUCACUUUGCGCCUACAGGAAGCUGUGGAUCGUUGGCCGAUAGAUCCCACAAAGAAGCAUCGUGAUAUUCGUAUUUACCUGGAACAACGCGCGCGCCACCUCAUCGUGUCCGAUACACCAUGGGAGAAGCUCGAACAAGAGGCUGACUGUCUAGAACGUCUGGCAUCGAAUGUGUAUCGAGACAGGUACCCCAUACCUCAAGGUUUAGGUGGACCUUCACCUAUUGUUGCCGCUACCGGCCUCGAUCUCCCAUCCAUCACCGCAAUCCUAUCAACUGGAGACGAUUCUAUGCCGAAGAAAGGGCUCGUAUCCCGUCUAUUGCGGUUCUUUGGCUAA